AACACCGCCCUCCUCAUCACCAUCCUCCCCCUCCUCACGCAACAGCACCACACGUCCAGCAGGGGCCGCGCUCGGGUGCACGGCCACGGGGGUGGAGGAGCGGAGUGUGGUCUGACGGACGCGGGCGGACACCGAGCUGCAGGGCGGGUAAGAUGGCUCUCAGCGGCCGGGGGCUGUUGUGCUUGAUCGCGGCAGCCUGCUUCUGGCUGCCGGUGGGCUGCGGGCAGGUGGUGGCUGAGGACAGUUACUUAAACGAGGUGCAGAACUCAGUCCCUCUGUCCUGCUCCGAGGGAUUCACCGAGCUGGGCUACUACAAUGGCACCGUGUCCCAGACGGACUCGGGUGUGCCAUGCCUCAAAUGGACCGAGUUCCCAGACUAUGUCAUGCAGUACCCGGGCCGGGGGCUUGGAGACCACAACUACUGCAGGAACCCGGAUCGCGAGUCCAACCCAUGGUGCUUCUUCCGGCAGAACUCGGGCGCCAUUGGCUGGGCCUACUGCGACUGUCACCAGGGUGCGACUCGGCUGGUCGGCGGCACGUCAUCCACCAGCGGGCGGGUUGAAGUCUACCUGAACGGCCAGUGGGGGGCCGUGUGCGACUCUCACUGGACUGACAGAGACGCCAGCGUCAUUUGCAGGCAGCUAGGCCUGAGCGACAUUGGCACGGCGGUGCAGCACAUCCAGUUUGGCUCGGGCUCGGGCCUCUUCCACUUUGAGCGUUUGGGUUGCCGGGGCGACGAGAAAAGCCUCAGCGCCUGCAGGAGCAGGACAUUUGUCACCGGAGACUGUAACCAUGGAAAUGAGGCGGCGGCACGCUGUGUGCCUCCUGAAGGCAGCGGACCUCCACUGCGACUGGUCGGCGGCGAGGAAGACUUCGAGGGUCGCGUGGAGGUCUUCCACAGUGGGAGGUGGGGCUCUGUGUGCGAUGACCAAUGGGACGACAGAGAUGCAGCAGUGGUGUGCAGGCAGCUAGGCUUCAGUGGUGAGGCUAAGGCCUGGUCCUGGGCCCACUUUGGUCAGGGUUCUGGUCCCAUCAUGCUGGACGCUGUCUCCUGCACCGGAAACGAGCUGUUCCUGGAUCAGUGUCCCCACGGCGACUGGGAGCAGCACAACUGUGACCACAUGGAGGAUGCCGGCGUCUCCUGCAGCCCAUACACAGAUGGUGUGGUACGACUGGUGGGUGGAGACAGUCCCUGGGAAGGCAGAGUGGAGGUGCUCCACAACGGUGACUGGGGGACGGUGUGUGAUGACCACUGGAACCAGCAGCACGCCCAGGUUGUGUGUGGACAGUUAGGCUAUAGCGGUCACGCAGAGGUGGUGUCGGACGGGACAUUUGGUGAAGGUGCGGGUUUGAUCCUGCUGGACGACGUUCACUGCGAUGGUUCGGAGACGUCCCUGCUGCACUGCCGCCACGGCAUCUGGGGACGCACGGACUGCUCACACGGCGAGGACGUGGGGGUGCGCUGCAGAGGGCAGGGCAAGACAGAGACCAACGAACUGCCUGCCAUCGCUCCUUCCACAGGUCCACUGGUGCGUCUCAUGGGUGGCAGCAGCAGGAAGGAGGGGCGUGUGGAGGUGUAUCUCCAUGGCGAAUGGGGCAUCAUUUGUGAUUCUGGAUGGAACGACCUCAAUGCAGCCGUGGUGUGUCGGCAGCUUGGUCACAGUGGUGGCGCUGUUGCAGCUGGGGGCUUCGGGCAAGGCAAAGGACCGGUCCACCUGGACCAGGUGAGGUGCACAGGCAAGGAGGAGUUCCUGGGCGAGUGUCCCUCUCUGGGCCAGAGCGUCAUGGGGUGCAGACGCAAGCAAGCGGCGGGGGUCAAAUGUGACGUCAUAGCACCGCAAGUUGAGUUGGUGGUUCAAGUUCGGCCUGAAGAGCUGAGUUGUGGCCUGAGGAAGCUGCAUGAGGGAAGAGGAGGAGGAGGAAAUAUGCUUAGGACGGCCUGGCCCUGGCAGGUGUCGGUGUGGCUUCAGUCCCAAAGUGAACAUGGCGGCAGUCCUCUCUGCAGCGCCACUCUGAUUAGCGCGUGCUGGGCGCUGACAUCCGCCACCUGUUUCAGCAGGUAAAGCACACAUUUAAGCUUCAAUAUCGGAGUAGUGCUGUUGAAUAGUCUUAUUGUAGUAAGGGGGGUUUAAUUGGGUGCAGCAAUGGUCAGCAAUCACUCCAGGGUGUCGGGUCAGGACAGCAAUUCUGUUCAGGUGAGUGCAGUAGCAAUGAGGGACGUCCACAUCCAGCUUGAUGGCUGCUUUAUUUAUUUGUAAUACGUCGCAUCACAGGUAGGGGGGUGAGCAUGGGACUUGUAAGUGUAGUGUGGGUGUGUGGCGUGUAUGGGUUGUAAGGUGAGUGUGUGUGUGGUUUCUGUGUGGGAACAAGCACACAAACAAUAAUAGUUAGCAAUGCGUUCACGUCUGAACCGCAACACAGUAGCGAUGCUAACGAGGCUAACUAACAGGCAGUUAGCAACCAGCCAGACGGCUGGACAUAAUGGCACAAAAACACUACAAUAGCGAACUAGAUCGGCGGCGUCUAACAUUAAAUGAGUGAUAAUAAACUUUACUCACGUUUAUAGACGCACACAGCUAUACAUAUCAUCCACCACGACGUCCGUGUGGGCACAUUAACACCCAGGGCUAAGCAGUUCGAGUGAUAUCAACUCACAAAGCUAGCGGCUACCGCGGUGCGUUCAAGUACUCGACCAGCGUAGUAAUUCCGAGUCACGCCCACACACAUGUCAGCCUAAUUAAACCAGAACAGAACAGGGUAUAACAAGGAGUCUUUUGUACAGCCGCCCCCAAAUUUGUUAACAAAUUUGACCAUUAGGUGUCAUCAAUAUCCCGAGGUAAGGCUGGUAGCUUGACAAGACGAACAACUGGCCGCGUGUACGUCCGGUCUUUUACUCGAAUUACAGCUGUUCUCACUCGGCCGUCUGCUCCAGGAAUGACAGUCUUCACUGUCCCUAUUUGCCAGAGGGCUCUUGGGGCUUGCUGAUCCACAAUGAGGACGACUGUGCCGACUGUGAUGUCAUCACUCUCCGUCUUCCACUUCUGUCGGGCUUGCAAGGUGGGAAGGAAGUGCUGAAUGUAAUGUUUCCAGAAGUGAUCGGCUAGAAUCUGAGAAUGACGCCACCUUUUCCGACUCAGUAGUUCUGUUGCAGGGUAGAUCACUUGAGGGAGUGAUGAGUCCGGCCGCCCCAUCAACAGGCAGUUGGGUGUGACUGGGUCAGGGUCAGCAAGGUCAGAGGAUACAUAACCCAAGGGCCUUGAAUUGAGGAUUCCUUCUAUUUCAAUUAGGACGGUCAUCAAAACUUCCUCUGGCACUGUCUGAGCUCCCAAGGUGGUACGUAGGGCGUUCUUGACAGAUCUCACUUCUCGUUCCCAGGAGCCGCCAAAGUGUGGAGCAUUAGGUGGGUUGAAUUUGAAACGGAUCUGUUCGGCUGCAAGUCGGUCCUUGAUUGCAGGUUCUAGGGCACUGAAGGCCUCAUGCAAUUCUUUAUUUCCUCCUUUGAAAUUGGUGCCCUGGUCUGAGAGUAGUUCAUAGGGCUUGCCUCUGCGAGCAACGAAGCGCCUCUUCUCUGUGCGUCGUCCCACUUUAAUAAUCAUCGGUCCGAAACAGUCAACACCAGUGGAAUAGAAGGCAGGUCGACAUAGUCUCAAACUGGAGGGGGGUAUAUCGGCCAUCCUUGGUACCUGUGGGCGGCUUCUCCACUUCCUACAGUCCACGCAGUAAUGCUGGUGCUUCUUGACCGCUUCUCUGCCUCUCAGUAUCCAGUAUUUCCUGCGAAGUUCAGCAAAAACACGCUCUGAUCCAGGGUGGUGCAGCUGGUUGUCAUAAUGCUGAAUUAGAAGCUUGACCACUGGGUGGGAAGAUGGCAGGAGAAUGGGAUGCAGUUCUUCUUGGCUCAGACUAUCACAUCAUCUAAGCCUUCCCCCGACACGUAUCAGACCUGAUGACUGGUCAUAUUCGGGAGCUAGGGUUAACAGUCUACUGUUAGAUGAGAGGGGUUUACCCAUUUUGAGCAGGGAUACUUCUUCUGGGAAACUCUUUAUUUGGGUGUACCUGAGGAGGGCCAGCUCUGCUUCAUGGUAAUCAGCAGCAGUGGGACGUGUGUUGUCAGCCGCCCCGUGCAGCUUCUGCGUGGUUGCCUCCAGAAGCUAAACUGAAUGAUGUCAGGUAUUUCCGAAUUGGUUGAGCUGACCGUCAAGCCACAAAACAUGGCAUUCCUCAGUUCCUCUGCUUCUUCCAGGACUGGACUGGGUGGUGAUUCAGGCCACUGGUCAGACGGUUGUAGAAGAAAGAGGGGUCCAUGACUCCAUCGGCUCACUCCGCUGAGCUGUGUUAGUGUUUUUCCCCUUGUAAUGUCGUCUGCUGGGUUUGUGGCUGAGUCAACGUAGCGCCAGGCAUUGAUGUCAGUCAGAUCCUGUAUCUCUGCAACUCUCGUGCCCACAAAUACCUUAUAUCUGCAGGAGUCUGACUGGAGCCAGUGGAGGACUGUGGUGGAAUCGGUCCAGUAUACUACUGCUUGGAUCUUGAUUGUGAGCUCUUUGAUCAACACAGAAGCCAACUGUGCACCGGUUAAGGCUCCACACAGCUCAAGUCGGGGUAUGGAGAGUUGUUUCUUUGGCGCGACUCUGGAUCUAGCUGCGAGGAAUGCCACUUGAACUUGUCCUUCACUGCAGUCGGUCAGCAGGUACGCCACUGAUCCAUAUGCACGUUCGGAUGCAUCGCAGAAGACAUGGAUGGUCCGGUUGCUGAUACUGCAAUCAGUGAAGCGGUCAGUGUAGCAUCUAGGUAAUAUGACUUGUGCCAACUGAGGAAGUUCAUAUUCCCAUGCCCUCCAAGCCUGCAGCAGAUCUUCGGGGAGAUUGGGAUCGUCCCAUCCUCUUUUCCGGUCCCAAAGGCGCUGCACAAUAAUCUUGGCUCUUGUGAUGUAGGGAACGAUAUAUCCCAGAGGAUCAUAUUGUUGAGCAAGAAGACGAUAAAUGUUGCGCAGUCGGUUCGGGACACUCACUCUGGUGUUGUUUGUAGCCAAGUGUGUCUGUCCUACACUGCCAUAAGAGUCCAAGUGUGCGUUCCUGAGGGUCAGCUGUCUGUUGCGCGAACCAUAGGGUGCUACUUGCUGACUGGGAUUCCUUGGGCAGGUGUCUAAUGACAGCAGGUACGUUGCUGGCCCAUUCUCGGAGUUCAAAUCCGCCCUCCAUCAGUAAUGUGUGUAGUCGGCUUACCAGCUGCUUGGCUUGAUCUUCUGACUGAAGGCUCUGCAGGCAGUUGUCAACGUAGAAGCAGCGUUCUGCUGACAGGCGGGCAUUCUCCUUUGGUUCAGUGUGCCUGUGAACGUGAGUCUGAAGGGCAAAGGUAGCACAGCAUGGACUACACGUCGUCCCGAACGGGAGUACUUGCCAUUCAUAGGUGGUAGGUUCUUGAUCCACUUUAACGUCCCGCCACAAGAAACGAAGGAAUGGUUUGUCCUCUUCAAGCAGGCGGACUUGGUGAAACAUUCCCUUGACAUCACUGCUGAUGGCCACUGGGUGUUCCCGGAACCUGAGCAGGACCCCCAGGAGGCUAGCUCCAAGUGUGGGUCCGGGGAGCAGGUGGUCGUUUAGGCUCUGUCCAUUGAAUGUGAAGGAGCAGUUGAAGACUAUUCGGUAUUUCCCAUUGUGUUGCACCAUGUGGUGGGAGAUGAACCACGAAUAGUUGCUCUCUUUGGUCUUACAAGGAGAGAUGGCCUUGACGUAGCCGGCAUCGAUGAGCUUGUGGAUUUCUUUAGAGUAGAUGGCGGCUCUCUUGGGAUCUCUCACAAGUCGUCUUUCUGCCCCACGUAGCUGGGACAGCACUGCUUCCUUUGUUGCCUGAAGCAGAGGUAGGCUUUGUUUCCAUAGUAACGGAGUAGCAUACCUGUUUACGCCAUCUACCAUUACUCUGGUGGUCUUCAAUUCAAGGGUGCGGACUGCUUCUGCAUCUUGUUUUGAUCUAGUAAUCAGACGCUCAUUUCUGUGUGGUAAGGUGUCUAGUUGCCAUAGUUUCUCCACGUGCCUGAAGAGUUCUUCUUCUGACACGGAACUCACUAAACAAGUGCUUGAUUCAGGUACUUUGGGUUUACUGGGUGCUGAGGCAUGUUGACUUGAAUUGACCUCAUGUAGAACCUCCAGGUGCUUCCUCUCGCAUCGUUUGCACUUAGCUUUCAGGUUGCACUUUGCUGCAAGGUGUUCCCGGCCGCACCUCCAGCAUUGAUUAUUUGCUUUAAUCCAAUGCAUCCUUUGCUCUACGGACAGCAGUUUAAAGUUGCUGCACUGGUUCAGAUAGUGCUGCACAGUGUCACAGAAGGGGCAGUAUUUCUUUGGCUUAUCAGGCGUUGCAUCCCUCACUGGAACAGCUGGCGCUCUAUCUGAGUUCUCCUGCAGGUCGGUAGAUUCGCUGCCAUGAAGAAUAGCAGUAGUUCUCUGUGACUUGUAGUCGGGAGGUCGAGUCUUGUAUGAGACUUGUCUCUCUCUGGCUGAGGUACUGCUGUGUUGAUCUCCACUGACUUGAACUCGUACCUCAUAUUCAAGCCAGUCUGCCAGAUUGAUUAGAGUUGGAAUAGGAUUAUGAAUGGGGUUCACAUAUCUGUGGAAAUUAGCUCUUAGGUCGUGGGGCAACUUAGCUAAGAGGCGAGACACAUGUGAACCACAUCUCAACUCCAUCCAACCUUGGCUUCCAAGUUGAUGCAGCAUUCCGACAAGUGCACGAACCUGGAGCGCGAAUGACUUAAAGGCCUUAAUAUCUCCAGUCCUGACAUUGGGCCCAUCCAUCAACAUGGAAAUCCGCUUUAGCGCCAGCUGCUGUGGUUGACCAUACAUCUCAGUGAGCGCCCUCAUAGUGUCCGCAAACGGACGUGGACUGUUGCUGUAGGAGUCAGCAAUGAGUAACGCUUCCUCACACUUGAGAUGAUCCAUGAGGAUUUGGAACUUGAAGCGCUCUGGAGCAUCAUAUGGGAGUAAAUUGUCCAGGGCCAAUUUCAGUCUUGCAAAUUCACGAGGAUCCUCUGACUUAAAGUCUGGGAUGGUUGGUUUCGGUCCACGGUAGGAGUCCAAAGCUGGCAUUCGGCCAUAUGGAGUGGUGGAAGGAUAUGGCGGGUCAGGUGGGUAUCUCUCCUCCCUUUGCCGAUUGUCAUGUCCAUAAACAGCGCUGUUAUAAUCAUCGAGGUGGCCUCUAUAUUCCAGAGGGUAUCCACUUUCGUGCCCGUAGUAGCGGCUUUCGUGACGGGCUCUUGGACUACUUUGUAGACGGGAUGUUGCAGGAUGACGGCCUUCAUCGCUGUAGUAAGGAUAACUUGGAUGGCGUGGAGGAUAAUAAGGACGAUGAUAGUGGUUGUCGCCCUCUUCAUAGCUUGAGUGAUGCUUGACAUAAGACUGCCUAGGUGCAACUUUAGGCCAAGGUUGUUGGCCAUAGUUAGACUGAUGGUGAGCUUUACUGGGUGGUGAGCUGUCUUGGUCGUCGUGGUGACGCGGCUCUUGGCACUCCUUUGUGUAGCUCAUCUCAAAUUUGUCUUGCGAGCAAGGAGUUGAAAUGCCAGACGUGACUGGUGACUCGGUGUGCUUGUUGGCUAAUCCUGCUUCCUCCAAACACUGUCUGAGGUCCUCAACAAUGUCACUUUGGUUGCCUUGUGGAGGUGAAAGAGCAUCGUUGUUCACCGGUGGAUUAACGAGUGGCUGACGUGGGCCUUGAUGGCCACUAGAUGGCGUCGGCUUGCUGGCGAGUGCCAGUGUGGUGAAUAUUUCCUCCAUUUGGCAUCUGGACUGUGUCUGAGUCCUUGAGGAGGUUGCUGGGAGACUGUGGAUCAUGUCUGAAAGACGUUGGACAUCUCUCCGCAGCUGGUCAUUUUCUUCUCUCAUGCUCUGGAUCGAUCUAAUAAUUUCUGGAGAAGACAUUUGUGUGGCCCGCUCAUCAUCUCCAGGAACGUGGCACCUCAUAGGGUAACUGACCUCGUAGUCCUGAAGAUGUGAUGGCGGUUGUCUUACUCUUUGUGGGCGGUCCACACCUCUAGGCUCUCUCUCCUGUGGCCUGAACAUAAUGACUGAAGUGGUUGCUUCUAUCCGGCUCGAAGGACCAAAAUUGUAGUAAGGGGGGUUUAAUUGGGUGCAGCAAUGGUCAGCAAUCACUCCAGGGUGUCGGGUCAGGACAGCAAUUCUGUUCAGGUGAGUGCAGUAGCAAUGAGGGACGUCCACAUCCAGCUUGAUGGCUGCUUUAUUUAUUUGUAAUACGUCGCAUCACAGGUAGGGGGGUGCGCAUGGGACUUGUAAGUGUAGUGUGGGUGUGUGGCGUGUAUGGGUUGUAAGGUGAGUGUGUGUGUGGUUUCUGUGUGGGAACAAGCACACAAACAAUACUAGUUAGCAAUGCGUUCACGUCUGAACCGCAACACAGUAGCGAUGCUAACGAGGCUAACGAACAGGCAGUUAGCAACCAGCCAGACGGCUGGACAUAAUGGCACAAAAACACUACAAUAGCGAACUAGAUCGGCGGCGUCUAACAUUAAAUGAGUGAUAAUAAACUUUACUCACGUUUAUAGACGCACACAGCUAUACAUAUCAUCCACCACGACGUCCGUGUGGGCACAUUAACACCCAGGGCUAAGCAGUUCGAGUGAUAUCAACUCACAAAGCUAGCGGCUACCGCGGUGCGUUCAAGUACUCGACCAGCGUAGUAAUUCCGAGUCACGCCCACACACAUGUCAGCCUAAUUAAACCAGAACAGAACAGGGUAUAACAAGGAGUCUUUUGUACACUUAUUAUUGUCGUAUU